AUGCUCAGUGGUAAGAAGACAUUUGCGGUGAUUCGGGCGGUCUACGAAAAUCGCAACUCGCCGGAAGACUUUGUCCGUGAACUGGACUUUGUCCUGGAGAAGAAUGUCAAUGUGGUCAUCAUCGAGCCCGACGACUUGGGAGAGGUGACUUGGCGAUGGAUUAGGGCGGGAAACUGGUUACACAAAACCGCCGUCUUGUCUGGUAUGUAA